AUGUCCACCACACAGAACAGCAACAGCACAAACGGCGCAGGCGUCGGUGCAAAGAAGCCCCAGUAUGACCCGACCUUCACAGACAGCGUGAUCGCAGCCACUGGACCCAAGGCAACCCCGCGCAUGCGGCAGGUGAUGGCUUCGAUGAUCCGUCACGUGCAUGACUUUGCCCGCGAGAACGACAUCACCGUGUCCGAGUGGAUGCAAGGCGUAGAGAUGCUCAACUGGGCCGGGCAGAUGUCCAACGACCGGCGCAACGAGACACAGCUCUUGUGCGACGUCAUCGGGCUCGAGUCGCUGGUCGACGAGAUCACCAACAAGCUGCUGGUCGGGGCCGAUUACGAGAGCACCAAGUCGGCCAUCCUGGGGCCCUUUUUCAGGAAGGACACCCCGCCUACCGAGAACGACGCCAGCAUCAUCAAGACCAUGCCGCCGGACGGCGAGGUCACGUUUAUGCACGGGAUUGUCACGGAUGCUGCCACGGGUGCGCCCAUCGAGGGGGUCAAGGUGGAUAUCUGGCAGUGUUCCACCAACGGCUUGUACGAGCAACAGGACCCGGACCAGGCCGAGUUCAACCUGAGAGGGAACUUCACCACGGAUAAGAAUGGAUAUUAUGGCCUGUACUGCAUUCGGCCUGUGCCUUACCCGGUCCCCUUUGAUGGGCCCGCCGGAAAAUUGCUGCAGCUGCUGGACCGUCAUCCAUACCGACCGGCUCACAUUCAUAUCAUGGCUGGCAAUGACAAGUACACCCCCUUGGUCACACAGAUAUUUGACAGGACGACCCAGUAUCUGGAGAACGACUCGGUGUUCGCUGUCAAGGAUGACCUGGUUGUUGACUUCAAGACUGUCACUGGGAACCCCAAGGCUUCUCUAGAGCUGGAGUAUAAUAUCCGCCUUGCUGUAGCAAAGUCGUAAUGAUGAGUUGGGAGCGUGUUGAAACUGUCCGUAUAACACUGCACUCGGGAUGUAUGUACUUUUUUGCUGCUUUCACAACCUACUUAGCGAUGAUUUACUUCAUGUUGUCUGCAUCACAAGUGUUGUCAAAACUCUACAUGCAGCGUGCCAAUCAAGUGCUCUACUUUCUCCU